AUGCAAACCUCUAGAGGGCUUCAAAAGAAUCAAAAACUUGCAUAUAAAGGAUGCAAGACAUUCUGUUGUAAUUGUAGGUUUAGUGUUUCUUCAUCUUGUGAAGAAACAGAAAGCGGGAAAUCCAACCAUUUCCCAACAGUCUCAAGUCUCGCUCACGCCAUGGUUCAAGAAAGAUUAGACCAGAUAAUCAAAGAAAGACAAGAAAGAAGAUAUGAAGAAAGGAGAAAAAAGGUACGAGAAGAAAAUAAUAAAUUGUUUGUGAUGGUGGCAAUGGAGAAAUCGUCUUAUAAUCUUAGGGAAGAUUUUCGGGAGUCCAUGAAAGAAAUGAUCACUGCAAACAGGAUUUCACAGCCUAAAGACCUACGCCGGCUUUUAAAUUGUUAUAUAUCAAUGAAUUCUGAUGAAUUUCAUAGCAUUAUACUUGAGGCUUUUCAUGAGGUUUGCUCAAAUUUGUUCUUGUAUUGUAAGUGCCGUUAA